AUGAGUGACGUCGGAGAACAGACGUGUCCGAUUUGCGCCGAGGAGAUGGAUUUGACCGAUCAGCAGCUCAAGCCCUGCGAUUGUGGCUAUGAGGUGUGUCUGUGGUGCUGGAACCACAUUAUGGAAAUGGCGGAGAAGGAUGGGAGGGAAGGGCGGUGUCCACUGUGCCGAUCACCUUACGACAAAGAGAAGAUUAUGAGGGUGGCAGCAGACUGUAAAACAAUCAGGUUGGUGACUGAAGUUAAUCAGAAGCGGAAACAGAAGAAGCCUCCCAAAGGACCUGAAGCAAAGAAGCUUCUAACUGAUGUUAGAGUUCUCCAGCGGAAUCUAGCUUACAUAAUUGGAUUGCCUCUUAACCUUGCAAAAGAAGAGCUUCUUAAGCGAAGGGACUAUUUUGGCCAGUAUGGAAAGGUGUUGAAGGUCUCUAUUUCUCGUACAUCGACUGGGGAUAUUCAGCAUGCUACGAACAAUAGCUGUUGUGUGUAUAUAACUUACUCAAGUGAAUAUGAAGCAGCUCGAUGUAUUCAAUCGGUGCACAGUUUUGUAUUAGAUGGUAAUUCUUUGAGAGCAUGUUUUGGAACAACAAAGUACUGCCAUGCAUGGUUGAAAAAUGUGCCUUGUAGCAAUGCAGAUUGUAUGUAUCUUCAUGAUUUUGGCUCUCAGGAAGAUAGUUUUUCCAAAGAUGAACUGGUUUCGGCCUUUGAAAGGAGUAAAGAUUUACAGAUUAUCGGUGUUACAAAUAAUCUGCAUCAGCGUCCAGGAAAAGGGUUACCUCCACCAGUGGAUGAGAAUAACAAAUCAAAAAUAUUAUCUGCAGCUAAACCACUUGUCAAUCAUCCUAUAAAUAUCACUAGGGAUGAGUUUAAGGGAUGUUGUGCAGAUGAAGACUCUAGAAGAGCUACUCCUGCAAGAACUUCUUGGGUCGUGCAGGUUGCCCCUAGUGUACCCCUGGGAACAAGUGCUGAAAUGACUCUCUAUCAAAAGCCUGAGACGUCUAAUGAUGUUCAUGCCUUGAAAGUUGCGAGCUCUGAAAGUUCUAAUUACGGAGUAAGAUCUAUUACAUCUGAAGAUAGCUGUGAAGUGCAUUUUAAUAGUUUGGAUCCGUUGGUACUGACUAAACAGAAUAGUGAAGAAAAUGUUGAAAUAGCUGUAUCGAAUAAACCCGUGGAAGCCUUUGUAGAUAGCACUCUUGUAGAUUUAACUUCGAGGCAUUGUCUAUCACCAGAUAAUGGUGUUGGUCGAGAUAUUGAAUCCGUCGACUUUAUAAGCAGCAGAAACUUAAAUUGUCUAUCAUCAAACUUAUCCAUAAGUUCAUGUGAUGACAAAGGAACUAGCGUUGCUACAUUUGAUCCUUCCUGUGUGUUACCAAAUAUGGAAUUAGGGAAGUACUUGGAAGGGUUCGAAAACAAUAAAGCCAGUAUGGACCGCAAUCUUUCUUCAGAUAUAGGGGAGAGUGGCAUAAUCUCAAAUAUUUUGAUGAUGAAUUUGGAUGCACCUGAAGGUUCUUUAACUGAGCUUCAUAAUCUGGUUAAUUUGUUGGGUGAAACUGAUAAAGAAUGCAGUCUUCUCAGAGUACCAAGUUUACGCAAAAUGCCAGAGAAAAAGCAGUCCAGGUUCUCAUUUGCCCAGCAAGAGGAUUCUUCUGAUAAUAUAUGGCAUCCGCCCAAGGACUACUCUUCUUUAUCUGAUUUAAACAAGGAUUCUUUCAUACAUGUGGAGUCUUCAAAUCUUCCCAGGAGCCAUUCUUUUUUGUCUCCUAAAGCUUCAGCUACAGAGGUGCCUAAUUCGAUCCCACCAGGAUUUUCAAUACCAAGAAGGGCAUCACCACCCGGUUUUUCUUCUCAUGGGAGAUCUAGGAGGGGGGACCAGGCAUUUGACAGUUUUGUGAAUCAAUCGGUGCAGCCAUCUGUUAUGCCCACUGGUUAUCCUGGCAUCACUGGCGAUGCUGAGCUCUUUGAGCCAUCAAGUUUCGAUAUUGGUAAUGGUAUAUUGGAGAGAGGGAGAGCGACGUUAUCACAGUAUAAUUCUUCUCAGCCAGAUGCAAGGCUCCAUAUGAUGAGACAGCAGUCAACUCUUACACAGCAAAGCUUAGGAUUUCAUGACCAUUUCAGGAAUACAUACUCUUCCUUGAAUGAUGGACGACUACUUUCUCCACAAAAUCCAAAUCAAUUUCAAUCCAAUCCAUCUAUAUUCACACAGUCCAAUCCAUCUAUAUUCGCACAGUCCACCCCUCAACAGGUCAGUGAUGUGCUAGUAUCAAAUAGUCAUUGGGGUCAAUGGAAUGGGGUCAAGAGUGCAAGUGAUUUAGGAAUAUCAGAAUUGCUGAGAAAUGAGAGACUGGGAUAUAACAACAAUUUGUUUGCUGGGUUUUUGUAUGAAAUAUGGUUGGUGAGGGAUAUGAGUUUAUUGUAUUGUAUAGAUAGUUAA